GCACAGCAGCCGUCGCUUACCACGGGGACUCGCCCUUACUCCCUUCGCCACACAUGUCGGAUUCGAAAAAGUGCUUAGACCGAGCUUGGCAGUGUCUUGGAGAGGACAAGCUGGACGAAGCAGCGGAGCUGUGCAGCGCCGUACUGCGCAGCGCCCCUCGUAACGCACGCGGGCUGUACCUGCGCGCCGUAGCGUCGCAAAGGGCCGGCAGGCCCAAAGAGGCCGCCGAGGAUGCUUGCCAGGCCGCACGCCUCCGACCAGACCUGCCGUCCGUGCAGCUCAUGGCGGGAUCACUGCUGUGCCGAAACAAGUGCUUCGGUCGAGCUCUGGCGGUGUACGAGAAGGCCCUGGACGCGAGCCCCGGGAACGUGCAGUACCACCUUGGGGCUGCUUCCGCCCUUAGGCAGCUGGGCCGCGGGGACCACGCCACCGCCGCGUUCUUAGCAGCCGCGUCAGCGGCCGCCUCCGCUGACGUGGGCACACAGGCGCAAGUGCAGUACAAGCUGGGCCAGCACCUGCGGUCGAUGGGAGACGCGGCCUCCUUGGCACAGGCCGCGCAGGCGUACGCGCGAUGCUUGGAGCUUGACCCAGGCCACGUGCUGGCGGCGUUCUGGCUACCGGCAACACGGAAGCUCGCCGCGUCUACCCUGAGAGAGGCGCACGACGGCGUGUAUGUAGCUGGUUCUGGAGAGGCCAGCGUUGCAGUUGAUAACGCAAUGGAAACCCCUGCCACUCCCGCUUCGGCGCCCCGGGAGUACGUCGUUGGCCUCUACAACUCCUACGCGGAGACCUUCGACUCGCAUUUGCAGGGGGCGCUCGAGUACAGAACGCCGACUGUCAUCGUAGAAAACCUCCGCCGGCUGUUCCCUGAGAGAAGGUGGGACAGAUGCCUCGACCUAGGCUGCGGCACCGGUCUGUCGGGUCGGGCGGCGUCCUCUGUCUGCCGGCGUCUCGUCGGCGUCGACCUUAGCCCCGCCAUGGUCCGCCGAGCGAGGGAGAAGCGGGUCUACCACCGCCUUCUUGUUGGCGAAGUCACCGAGACCGUCAGGCGCCUGAGUCGCCGAAGCGAGUCGCCAUCGGAACCAGGGGCUGGGUCAUCCCCCAGACGCCGGCGCGCACGGUGGGAAGUACCCGCGAUGGUUGAGGAAGAGGGGGGAGCGGCCGUGGCAGCGAUGGCGGUAGGGGGAUGCGGGGAUGGCAAUGGAAUUGACCAAAUGCUUCCUGGGACAACCGUGGCAGAAGAGGCAUCGGUUGAAGAUGUGGAGUCGCCUGCUGCGGGAAGUAAGCGCGAGCUAGCACAACCAACGGAAGUUACGACAUUGGCGACGCUACAGUCGGCGCCAAUUGAAACAAGUAGUGGCACAUGCGGCGGCACCAGCAGCGGCGGGAUUGAUGGGGGGGAUCUGAUCCUAUCGUGCGACGUUUUUGUCUACAUCGGCGACCUCCGAGCCUGCUUCGAAGCCGUUCGCGGGCUGGUUGCCGGCUACCAAGCUUCGGCGGAAUCGGAAACGGAAGCGGGAAGAGAUCCGAGGCGGGAAGAACCUGCCGCUGUUUUCGCCUUCUCGGCGGAAGCGCCACCAUCAGAGGCGACAGACGCUGGAGAUUCGGGGGGCGAGAAAAGGACAACAGCCGAUGCUGCCGAUCCAAGCCACAGGGGGUACGAGCUACAGGGUACUGGCAGGUACAGUCACAGCCGCGAGUACCUAGAAACGGUUUGCCGGGACGCCGGGUUCAGCGUAUUAGCAUCAAGCAACGUCACCUUGAGAAAAAACGCCGGCGUACCCGUACCGGGCUUCGUGUUCGUCACGGAGGCGGCCAUUGCUGCCUCAGCCCCAACAUCGUAGCUGGGUAUUGAGACGAGUAGACUGGGC